GCCGCAGCAACGACCGUCAUGCAGGAGAUUGACAAGAACAUGAACGGAACGAUUGACAUCCACGAGUUCGUCAUGUUCUUCAGGACCCUGGAGGAGAUGACGCGCUUUCAGCGAAAGACGCAGCAGCGAGCGCAGUUCCUCUCCUACGUGCUGAACUUCUGCUUCCUCGUCCACAUCAUUCUUGUAG